CUUCUCACUGAAGAUUGUCUUACACUGUGAAGUGUGCCCUUCUUCUUUCUCCCUCUAAAAACUCUUCAGACACACCACCAACCGCAUUAACCUCCCUCCAAUGCCUCACCCGAAAACCCUACUUUCUCUCUCUACACUCUCACUCCUCUUCUCCAUCACCAUCAUCAUCGCCGCCGAUGACGGCCCCGUAUUCGCCGCCACCGAAGACGCCGCCGUCAUGUCCAAGCUUCUCAAAUCCCUUUCGCCACCGCCCUCCGACUGGUCAUCAACCACCCCAUUCUGCCAAUGGGACGGCAUCAAGUGCGACUCCUCCAACCGCGUCACCACCAUAAGCCUCGCCUCACGCUCCCUUACCGGAACACUCCCCUCCGAUCUCAACUCCCUCUCACAACUCACCUCCCUCUCGCUCCAAAACAACGCCAUCUCCGGCCCCAUCCCUUCCCUCGCCAACCUCUCCGCCCUCAAAACCGCCUUCCUCGGCCGUAACAACUUCACCUCCGUCCCCUCCGCCUCCUUCGCUGGCCUCACCGACCUCCAGACCCUCAGCCUCAGUGAUAACCCCAACCUCUCCCCCUGGACCCUCCCCACCGAGUUAACCCAGUCCACCAACCUCAUCACUCUCGAACUCGGCACCGCAAGGCUCACCGGUCAGUUACCGGAAAGCUUCUUCGACAAGUUCCCUGGUCUCCAGAGCGUUCGUCUCUCCUACAACAACCUCACCGGAGCAUUACCCAAUUCUCUCGCCGCUUCCGCAAUCGAAAAUCUAUGGCUCAAUAACCAGGACAAUGGGUUAUCCGGCACCAUCGAUGUGCUUUCUAACAUGACGCAGUUAGCUCAGGUUUGGCUUCACAAGAACCAGUUCACUGGUCCCAUUCCCGAUUUGUCACAAUGCAGUAACCUGUUUGAUCUGCAAUUGAGGGAUAACCAGCUAACCGGUCCGGUUCCGAAUUCUCUGAUGGGUCUAACGAGCUUGCAGAAUGUUUCUCUGGAUAACAAUGAGCUUCAGGGUCCUUUUCCGGCCUUCGGCAAAGGGGUUAAGGUCACCCUUGAUGGGAUCAAUAGCUUCUGUAAAGACACUCCGGGACCUUGCGAUGCUAGGGUGAUGGUUUUGCUUCAUAUUGCAGGGGCAUUUGGGUAUCCGAUUAAGUUUGCGGGUUCUUGGAAAGGGAAUGACCCUUGUCAGGGAUGGAGUUUUGUUGUGUGUGAUAGUGGGAGGAAGAUCAUCACGGUGAAUUUGGCGAAGCAGGGUUUGCAAGGAACCAUUUCGCCUGCGUUUGCCAAUUUGACCGAUUUAAGGAGCUUGUAUCUCAAUGGGAAUAAUUUGACUGGUUCUAUACCUGAGAGUUUGACCACAUUGACUCAGCUUGAGACUCUUGAGGUGUCUGACAACAACCUUUCUGGAGAGGUUCCGAAAUUCCCACCAAAGGUGAAGCUACUGACAGCAGGUAAUGUUUUGCUUGGACAAACAACGGGUUCUGGAGGCGGUGCAGGUGGCAAAACCACCCCAUCUGCAGGGUCUACGCCGGAGGGAAGUCAUGGUGAAUCAGGAAAUGGUUCUUCAUUGACACCGGGUUGGAUUGCUGGUAUUGUGAUUAUUGUUUUGUUUUUUGUGGCUGUGGUGUUGUUUGUGUCUUGUAAGUGUUAUGCCAAAAGAAGGCAUGGGAAGUUCAGCAGGGUUGCUAAUCCUGUGAAUGGGAAUGGAAACGUUAAACUUGAUGUGAUAAGUGUUUCUAAUGGAUACAGUGGUGCUCCGAGUGAGUUGCAAAGCCAGAGCAGUGGUGAUCAUAGUGAACUUCAUGUUUUUGAUGGUGGAAACAGUACUAUGUCGAUACUCGUUCUCCGACAAGUAACGGGUAAUUUUAGCGAGGACAACAUAUUAGGCAGGGGAGGGUUUGGAGUUGUUUAUAAAGGAGAGUUGCAGGAUGGGACUAAAAUUGCUGUCAAGAGGAUGGAGUCUGUUGCAAUGGGAAACAAAGGGUUGAAUGAGUUCCAAGCAGAGAUUACGGUUCUUAGUAAGGUGAGGCAUAGACAUUUGGUUGCUCUCUUAGGGCAUUGUAUCAAUGGCAAUGAGAGGCUCUUGGUGUAUGAGUACAUGCCACAAGGGACAUUAACCCAGCAUCUGUUUGAAUGGCGUGAACUUGGUUAUACUCCUUUGACAUGGAAACAAAGGGUGAUAGUAGCUUUGGAUGUAGCACGCGGGGUGGAAUACUUGCACAGCUUAGCUCAGCAAAGCUUCAUUCACAGGGACUUAAAACCCUCGAACAUACUAUUAGGUGAUGACAUGAGAGCCAAGGUUGCUGAUUUUGGGUUGGUUAAAAAUGCACCAGAUGGGAAGUAUUCUGUUGAGACACGGUUGGCUGGAACAUUCGGCUAUCUUGCACCUGAGUAUGCAGCAACUGGAAGAGUGACAACCAAAGUGGAUGUUUAUGCGUUUGGAGUAGUUUUGAUGGAACUGAUCACCGGCAGAAGGGCUUUGGAUGAUUCUCUGCCGGACGAAAGGUCUCACUUGGUAACAUGGUUCCGCCGAGUCCUAAUCAACAAGGAAAACAUUCCAAAGGCAAUUGAUCAAACUCUAAACCCUGAUGAGGAAACCAUGGAGAGCAUAUAUAAAGUGUCUGAGCUGGCUGGCCAUUGCACUGCUCGUGAACCAAACCAAAGGCCGGACAUGGGGCAUGCCGUGAAUGUCUUGGUUCCUAUGGUGGAGCAAUGGAAACCUACUAGCCGACACGAGGACGACGGCCAUGACAGUGAACCUCAUAUGAGCCUUCCUCAAGUUCUGCAGAGAUGGCAAGCCAAUGAAGGCACUUCCACGAUCUUCAAUGACAUGUCCUUAUCACAAACCCAAUCAAGCAUCAACUCUAAAACUUAUGGAUUUGCUGACUCAUUUGAUUCACUGGAUUGCCGGUAGCCAAUAUUAUGAUUAUUGUAUGCCAAUUUUUUUAUAUUAAUUUUAAAAUGUCAUUUUUACUUGCUCUUAGAAUCUCCUAUACUGAACUAAAACCUAAAUACGUGAGUUUGAUGUUCUUCAUUCAUUGUUCUAAGCGGUGGAUGACGGGUUCUAAGAGAUGGUUGAGGUAGGAAUCAAAGGAUAAUUAUUUUUUGAGAAGGGGAAUGGGACUGUAAAUGUUCAAUUGGUAAUGUGUUAUAUAAUUUUUCUUAUUUUACUAAUCAGAAAUGUGUGAAUCACAUUCCACA